UCCACCAAGAAACAGAGAAAAGCUCAAGAGAUCGAGAUCCAUGGCGUCCAACCCUAAGGUCUUCUUCGACGUCACCAUCGACGGCGCUCCGGCGGGCCGGAUCGUGAUGGAGCUCUUCGCCGACGUGGUUCCCAAAACGGCAGAGAACUUCCGUGCUCUCUGCACCGGCGAGAAGGGCAUGGGCAAAAGCCGGAAGCCACUCCACUACAAGGGAUCCAGCUUCCACCGCGUGAUCCCCAAAUUCAUGUGUCAGGGCGGUGAUUUCACCGACGGCGACGGCACCGGCGGGGAAUCGAUCUACGGCGCCCAAUUCCCCGACGAGAAUUUCAGCCUCACGCACACCAGUCCAGGGGUUCUCUCCAUGGCCAACGCCGGCCCCGACACCAACGGAUCCCAGUUCUUCAUCUGCACCGCCGUCACUGCGUGGCUCGACGGGAGGCACGUCGUCUUCGGCCACGUCGUCGAGGGCAUGGACGUCGUGAAGAAGAUCGAGAGGGUGGGAUCGCUGAGCGGGGCGACCUCGAAGAUCGUCACCAUUGCUGAUUGCGGGCAGCUCUGCUAAACGGGUCUCAGCUUCGUUGGAUCCGAACCCGCAGGUUAGAUCCGUUAUCUGAUUUUAGUGGAUCGUUUCAUCUUUACCUUUUUUUUGCUUUCGUUUUUCGAGUGUUAUAGAAUGGAUCUUAUCUGGGUUUUUUGGAUCCAUGAUCUUUUACUUUUACCAUCGUCUUUGGCUUUUCAGACUUUUGGUAUCAAUGAGGUUGAUGAUGAUUUGGUGUGAUAAAUUUAGGGUUUUGCUGGAUCUUAAUUUGGUUUAUGGGUGGAAAUUUGGGGAUGAUUAUGUCAUUAGUGUUUGAUUAAUGUGGGAACAGUGCAAGAAGAAGGGACAAG